CGCUGCGGCGAGCAGCACGCACUACAUUGCCAUUGGUGCUGGACAGCACACUCGCAAUAUGGCUGAGAGCACCCCAAUCACGGAGAGCACCACCACGCCAGACGACGAGACAGCCAACCCGCUACAGAUUGAAAGUGUAGACGAAGAGUCGCGCGCCUCAGAGGACACGGCCGGGUCGCUGCUCGAAGCCGCGCAGGGCCGGCCCCUGAGGCUGCCGGUACGGGCGGGCGCACACCGACAGACUGCGAGGGCGCCGUACUGGUUCUGGCUCCUCGGCUUAUUGAAUAACGCGAGUUAUGUCAUUAUGAUCGCGUCCGCGAAAUCGAUCGACGCCGGCGGCGUCGCGGUUGUGUACCUCGUGGCCAUCGGGCCGGGUUUAGCCGUGAAGGCGUCCGCGCCGUACUGGUUCGAUCUCGUUCGAUACGAGAAGCGGUUGUUGGUGGCGGCUCUGAGCAUGGUCGGCGGCUUCCUCCUCGCCGGUUUGGGUGCGCGGAGGCCCCUGCAGUUACUAGGAGUGGCGCUGACGUCGUUCCAGUCGGCGCUCGGCGAAGCCACUCUAUUAGCUUUGGCGGCGCGCCACGACGAAGGCUGCGUGAGCGCGUGGUCGUCGGGAACGGGCUUCGCGGGAAUUGUGGGCUACGGCUGGGUCUGGUUAUUUACAAGGGCGCUGCGCUUCUCGAUGGCGGCGUGUCAAUCAGUGGCCGCGCUGUCGUUGCCGCUGUUGUAUGUCUUGGCUUCCAGACGAGUUACGGGCGCCGACGAGAUCCGGCCGAAGCGGCUCGGCUCGUUCUGGGAGCGGACGAGGUUUGGGUUAAAACUCUGGCCGACGACGGGGGCCCUGUUCCUCGUCUACUUCUCGGAGUACGCGCUGCAGUCCGGCGUGUGGGCGUCGAUGGGCGUGCCUCAACCGACGAAGAAGCAUAGGCAGGAUUUCUACCUGUACGCGAAUUGGUUAUAUCAAGUUGGGGUUUUGGUGUCGCGGAGCUCGGGGCCUCUCUUCCCGACGCCGCCGUCCAAUGCGUGGCUCUGGGCCGCGAGCGGCCUGCAGGCCGUGUUUCUCUGCCUCUUCGCCGUCGAUGCAGCAACAAGGUACUGGUACGCGUCGUCGAUUCUCGUGAUGUGCGUGCUGGUCGGGCUGCUCGGAGGCGGUGCGGACCCGUGUGGAAAUCAAGGUUCACGGAAGCCCCACGCCAUCGCCGCGACGGCGUGGCGCUGGCUCCGACUCACUGGUCGAUGCUCGCACAGGGGUCUACGUCCACGGGUUUCGGCGCUUAUCUGUAGGACACGAGCCGGAGCUGGCGAUGCCCGUGGGCGCGCUGGCCGCGGAUGCCGGAAUUGUAUUAGCCAACGUCAUGGGGUUGUUCCUCCAGGCGUGCCUCUACGAGGUGAACGGGAUCGACGGCGCGGCCGUGCCCUGGCGGUUGCCGGGCUGCCGCGAGCGGUGGUAAUUGUAUGUUCUGUGACA